CAGAGGCUGUACCCUCGUCCGCCCUGCCCGCGACUCUUGGGCUUGGAUAGCCUAGCAUAGACUACCAAUGAACCCGAUAUGGAAUGACUGGUCGUGUUGGCCCCAGUUUACUCCUAUCUUGUUGCGCAGGCAGCCGGCAAAGGUCUUUCUUUCCUUCCCCCCUAGACUACUCCACUCCAGUCCCACUCAUUUCCACUACCGCAAGCCCAUUCAGCUUCAUUCCCUCAUUCAGCUUACAUUCACCAUCGAUGGAAUCAUACAUUGCAAGAAUAAGCCAAUUCGAAGAAUAUCUGGCCCCAGGCGAUGGACAAACCCUUUGCUUGAAAGAGUUCAAGAGCCUCUGUUUCGGUGGCAUCCCUGAUAAGCCAGGACUUCGUCAGAUAUGCUGGAAGAUCCUGCUCGGAUAUCUGCCUCCCGAUAAAUCUCGAUGGGAUGUUGUAUUGAUGGAGCAGAGGAGACUGUACUAUAGCUUUGUUAAAGAUCUGAUCGUUGAUCCCGAACUGGAAGUACCAAGCGAUUUCAAUGGCGACGAAGAGGCAUUAGCGGACAAAGACGAUGAGUGGUCAUUAUUCUUGCAGGACAACAAAACCCUCGAGCAGAUCGAUAAGGAUGUACGGAGGACCCUUCCUGACUUUGCGUUCUUUCAGCUGCCGAUACCAUACUCCUCGCAUUGUCCGCUCAGCAUCGAACCGAAACGACGAAAGCCAAAAAAGAUAAGGCCAACCUGCACACAGGAAACGAAUGCCAGAUCAACGACAGCAUUACCAGGAAUGGCGACUGUUGCGAGUUCCGGUUCGACCGGCUCGCUCCCCGCUGCUGGAUUCGUGCAAAGACAGAGGACAAUACAUGGGACCAGCAUGGACUUGAAACGGGCCUCUAUAACCCGUACCACGACUCCGACUCUUAAAAGGCGUCAGACAAUUACUGUAGCGUCUCCGAUGGCAGAGGAAAAGGUUGAAAAACUAGAGGACACGAAUGGUUAUCAGCAGCCGAUUACUUCUUCAUCAUUUACGAACUCUGGAUUUGAAGCACCCCCUAUGUCCGUCUCAAAUGGGUUCAGAACACCUAUCAGCUAUCCUUCGCCAUUACCGUCGAGGCUGAGAGAUAUGGCGACGGCAAUGGCUGACAUCGAUGACGAUGACAGGGAAGAUGACGAAGACUCUCAUCUACCAGAAUAUCUCUUCUCACCCAUACCGACCCGUCGAUCCCUUUUCAAGCGCGUUGCGCAUCUCAAUCAGGAUUUCGGAUCUCGCCAGCACCAACCACACACUCUGCAGGCAUCGAGAUCUAGGGAUAGCGAGGCAAAGAAACGGCGAAACCAAAAUGGAACAGGAACACAGCAUGGAGAGCUACCGUUGUCGACCUCGCCAGAGUCAUUGCCGCUGGAUGAGGAUGAUGACAGCAGCCAGGAUGAAUUGCCACAGGAUCUGCACUGGGAGGCCAUCGAACGAAUCUUGUUUAUCUAUGCAAAGCUGAAUCCCGGCGUGGGGUAUGUGCAGGGCAUGAACGAGAUUCUAGGGCCACUGUACUAUUUACUUGCCAACGACCCCGACGAAGUCAGCCGAGCACAUGCGGAAGCAGAGUCGUUCUGGCUGUUCCAUUUGCUGAUGGCGCAUUUCCGUGACCACUUUGUGAGGUCCCUGGACCGUGAUCGGACCAGCGGUAUUGGAUCGACAAUAGCACGGAUGAACUUUCGACUGCGACAGUUUGAUGAACACUUGUGGCAAACCCUGGAGGGGAAGGGAAUAGCACCGGAGUACUACAGUUUUCGAUGGCUGACGGUCUUGUGUACGCAAGAGUUUGAGGUCCCGGACGUUUGGCGGAUAUGGGACUCUGUCUUGGCAGAUACUGGAGGCAUGGAGAGGGACUAUGACUUCUUGUUGGACUUUGGAUGUGCGAUGGUUUGUCAUCUACGUGCAGAGCUUUUGCAAGGUGAUUUUGCAGACAAUAUCAAGCUGCUCCAGAACUAUCCUCCAGUAGACAUUCAGCCGAUUCUUUGUCUCGCCGCCGUCAUUCGUGAUCAGCGCAUAAAAAGCAUACGCCGACAGUCGAAAAUGAACAGCGAUAUCAGGGAUAAUGCAUCACGCCGCAUCAGUGUCGACCUUCGAAUCUGGAGCAGUCGCCGGUCUGUCAGCGACAACGACAUUCUUUCAUUCUCGGAGAAUGCUGCUCUUCAUAGUCUCAAGGCCUUGACAAUUGAUGGGGUCAAGAACAGUGACCGAUUGGACCAUAACCUCGAAGGGAUAGAUCAUCGUUCUCCGCUGUACGCCCCGUUGUCUGCGCCGAUAACGAAGGAUGGACCGCCUAUCGUACUAGGACUGAGUAUGGAUGGCCUGAUGUCGAGGAAAUAUGGGAAUGGGCUUGUGUCCUCAAGUGCAGCGACUGAUGGACGUCGAUCGUCGAGUCUGGGCGCGGACAAUUUCACGAUCGAUCAAGGUGCCCGUCCGCAGACAGGGACGUGGGCAGAAACGUUUACGCUGUUUAAGGCGAGGUUUGUCGUGUUUGGUGGGUCAUCAUCACCGCCAAAGACAUUGGAAGAGAGUGAGGGACGUACGAAGCAGGUGGAUAUUGCAGACGAAUCCGUCGAGGCGCUGCCGCCCUCUGUGGAACUAUAGAUCUGACCACAUAGAACGCGUUUGGCCACAUAGAAUAUAGACAAACUGACAGCGGCGUGAAUGGUUAUUUUACAAGGCGACAUCCCAUUGGCUGAGGCAUCUGAGGAGCGGGUCUUGAAAAAGAAAAAGAAAAUGAAAUAGAGCGUCUUGAAUGCUACCCCGCCUCU